AUGUUCUCCAAGUUCGCUAUCUUCGCUGCUGCCUCCAUGGCUGUCUUCGUCGCUGCUGGUGACAUCAACGCCUCCUGCAACACUGGCGAUGUUCAAUGCUGCAACACCUCCUACGCUGCUGGCACCUCGGAAGCCAACUUCUUGGGCAGCCUUGUUAACGUCGUUGCCGGUGCUAUUACUGGACAGGUCGGCAUCAACUGCUCUCCCCUUAGUGUCAUCGCCGCUGGUGGCAACGUUUGCUCUACGCAACCCGUCUGCUGCACCAGCAACCACUACAAUGGUCUCAUCAACCUUGGAUGCACUCCUGUCAACCUCUAG